GUAAGUUUAUGAGACCACAGGAUGCUAGCAAUGUGCUGAAACUGGACGAGGCUUCGGAGUAUCCGGAAAUUGUUAUUGUCACAAGCAUCCGUGAGAAUUUUUUGUUCAAAGUGUCUAUUUUCCAAUUAUGAACCAUGACAUACCGCCACCGCCACCACCCCCUCCAGCUCCUAUAGCCCCACCUCCACCGCCACCGCCACCAGCCCCGGGUAUAAUUGGAAAAUCAAAGAAAAACGACGAGUCAACGACUAAAUUUAGAAGAUUUGCCUGGAAAAAGAUUCCAGACGUACAAAUCACUGACGCUGAGACUAUUUGGAGUCCUAAGGAAAAUUCAAAAAACACGCCCCGACUAUCGGUGGACAUAAAUACAAUACAAGAAUUAUUUGCCGUGAAAGACGUAAAAAGCAAGAUCCGAUCUCCAUCUCCCAGAGGAUCGAGAGCCGGGUUAGGCCCUCAGAAUGAAAAUAAAGGCCCGAUUACUUUUCUCGAUACAAAACAAAGCAUGAACAUCAACAUCUUUCUACGGCAAUUCAAACGAUCGAUCAAAGACGUCGUAACGGCAAUUCAGGAAUGCGACACAUCUCUGUUGUCUGCUGAAAAACUGCGAACCCUCUGUAAGCUAAUUCCAGAAAAGGAUGAGCUCAAAAAGUUGGAAGAAUUCAAGGGCGACGAAGAUUGCUUGGAUAAAGCCGAUAAAUUUGUGCUGGGAAUACUAAAAAUUCCAUCGUACAAAUUAAGAAUCGAAUGCGCCAUCUUGCGGGAUGAAUACACGCCAGCAAUCCGAGAUAUAGAAGAGUCUUUAGAUAUUCUCCAAAAAGCUAUGUUUGAAAUUCGUAACUGCCUCGCUUUUCCUGCACUUCUUCACCUUGUAUUGCAAGCUGGUAACGUUCUCAAUCAGGGAGUUAGCUACGGGAAUGCAUCAGGUUUUCGCCUUCACUCGUUGAAGAAAUUAUCUGAAACUAAAGCUAACCAACCUGGCAUAACUAUGAUGCAUUAUGUAGCAAUGGAAUUAGAAAAGCAAGACCAUUUGAUGAUGCGCUGGCCAGAACAGCUUCCUUCUCUGUCGAAGGCUUAUCGGAUUUCAGCGACUGAAACUAGAAACGAUCUUGCUAUUUUAAGAAAGAAAGUACAAACUAUAAAAGACUGUGUUGAACGAGAUAAGAAUGAUGAUUUGAAAGAGAAAGUUCGCGGAUUUAUGAAGGAUGCCGAAAGUGAUUUCAAAGCACUUUCAAUAAAAGAAGAUAAAUUCGCAAAAGAUUGUAACGACCUCGCUCUGUACCUAUGUGAGCAACCUUCUCAAUUUUCUUUGGAGGAAUGUUUCAGCAUUGUGGAAGAAUUUCGUAAUAAAUUUAUCCAGGCUGCAAAAGAAAACUCCAGAAAGGAAAAAUUGAAAGCGAAGAGAGAAAGAAAUCGAAACAUUUCUUCACACUCGUUUUCCGAUAUAUCAGCUGCAAGUCGUCUCAGCGUGGACGAAGCGAAACGUUCUCUUGAUGAUGUUGAAUACGGGGGCCGUUUCAGACGUCGAAACACAGUUGAUAUUGCGAGACGAAGGCAAAGAUCACCAAUGCCCAAUAGACCUGUAAGUGACCCCUGCAAAACCAGGAAGUGCUCAAGAAGUGGAAUUCACGAAAAGCAGUGAAGCUAGUUUGCAGAAUACUUUGGAUUCGCGACUAGAUUUCAAAGUGGAACGAGUGACUAUGACGAAGCUCGAGCCUAUACAACGGCAGUCAUCGGAGUCCGUUGCUGACGUGCUGUUAUCAAGAGAAAGAGAUACUUCUUGGGGUACGGCUUAUGUGCCAGAAUCAAUAGGCACGACGCGCCAAAUAGACCCCAGUAUCACUAAAAGAAACUCUAACGCAGAAGAUGUUAGUGAGGCAGUUGAAUCUUCUAAUGUUGAAAAUGGUAGACCAACACGCCGGCGUUACAGAUCUUUACGAUCUGGUCUUUGGGACUCCGAAGACGGUGGGGCGGAUUUGCGUGAUAAACGAGAGUAUUUUGGAUCCACCAAUUCACUUAACACACUGCAGAAACCGCCGAGAAUCAAAUAACUUUAUCGCCAAAUGCUGAUAAAAACAGUGAAAAAGAUUUCCUGAGUCCUCGAGAAAAAAUAAGACUGCGUCAUUCGAGUAGAAGAGUUAGAACUGAUUUGAAACUAGCUGAAGAUACUUAUGUUACCAGAACAGGCGAAAUUUACCUAUUAAUCCAGGUAAAUCUGCAUCUGAUCGUCCUAGAUCUCAUGAAGAAUUUUCUUCUCGUUAUUCUACGCAAGAGGACGAAGAUGCGGGUAAAAAGAAGAGUCGGCAUGAUGACAUAAGGGAGAGAAUAAGAAGAUACAAAGAAAAGAAUGAAAAAGAAAAAACAAUGUUUCGGCAAGCCUCUGAAGAAACCAGUGAUUAUUCGUUGCGCAGAUCCAGACCAGCAAGUGAUGGUAGUUCUAUCAAUCGACUCUCACGAAUAUUUGAGAAAAGAUCAGUAUCUUACGCGGGGAAGGGUUUGAUCAAAGAAGUGAUGAAAUCGUUUCUGCAAAUCCGAUUUAAAACUUGAAGAUGUUUCACAAGUCCUGGAGACUUCGACACUAGUGACACCUCUGAAAAUAAACGAAUCAGUUGAAAUGGAACAUUCACCCGCACCACAAAAACCAAUAUUUAAAUUUGAAAUCGACCCUCAAGUAUCCAAUGAUGCGACUAUCCUGAGGAUUUACACGCAAGUGAGAGAAUAAGACGAUAUAAAGAGAAAAAGAAAAAGAAAACGAGACAAUGUACAGACAAGUGUCUGAAGAGACCAGUGAAUAUCCAUUGCGCAGAUCUAAUGAUGGGACUACCUUAAUAAACCAAAACUGAUUUAGAAUCUUCCAGGAAUAUAAAAACAGACAGCGAAUCUCGAAAAACCGUCAGUAAGAAGACGGACGCUGAAACAAACGUUUCCAUUAUUUAAUCGAUGAAAACAACGACGAAUCAGAAACUACUUCAGUUUUCUCCGCUGAAGAUCAAAUUGAUAGAAAAGAGGAAAUAGGGAGCGACGAUGUUAAUCCCAGGGAUUCAUUGCCCUGCGAAAUAUCAGAUGACGAAAAGAUACCUAAUGAUACGACUAUGCAUAUUUCGGAGAAUGACCGUCGUGAUACAAGCAGUUUUGAUCGGCACAGAAUUAUUGUACAUAUGGAUUGUGUGGAAGAAGCGGAAAUUUCAAAAUCAAAAGCUCAACAAAAGUCAUCUUAUACCGAAUCAAUUGCUGAUAAGUUGGCAGUAAUUGAUGUAGCUGAAAAGAAAAUAUCCAACGAUGACUUACAAUUAAAAAGCGGGGUGAGUGAAGUCAUGGAACAGUCCGACCUUUCUAACAAACAUCAUUAUAUUGAAGAUACAUCUGGUAUUAUUGAAGAAAAUAUAACCGUUGUGGAUGCAUUUUCUGUGCUUGCUGAGAAAGAAUUGGAAGAUGCUGAACCUGAAACUGCACAGAAAGCAUCUCCACGACUGCACAUGAACACCGACGAUGACAACAACAAUACAGUAACAAGUCUGAAAAGCUUAGGAAAUGAACUUAAAAACAGGAAAGAUAAAUUGAAAUCUAAAAGAGUCAGUGCAACUCCAUUAACUCCUGCAAGCACGGGCAGCCUCUCGAAAGCCGAACUCUCCGGCUGCACAAGUUAAAACAAGCCAAAGCACAACUUCUUCACGGCCGAAGACAUUUUCCAACUUCAAGACAACACCGUCAAAAGAAAAAAUAGGUUUACAGCCUGUGUCUGCAGAAGUUCUCAGAAAAACAAGAUCACGAGGGAAAAGUGUCAGCCCAAAAUCCUUCAAACGACAGUUCCACCCGCAAAGAGUGUUCCGAAAUCAGCUAACAGUAUAGCUAACAAGAAAGAUCAUCAAAUAUCGAAGGUCGGGGAGGCAGCUAAAAGUGAGGUCUCGGUUAAGAGGGGUAACGGUGGCGUUACUUCGUCUGUUGUCCGACCACUGCAAUGUCCAAUUCAACAAGCAAGACCACAACAUCACCAUCGAUAACGAAGACGAUAGAAAAGAAGCCCACAUCUUCAAAGCAUCGUCAGCACGCACAGUAACACCCCGAUCCGGUGAAGCAACAGGUCAUGAUGUGAACUCCAGACGUACUCCAAAACAGGGUCCAAAUUCAUUUAUGGGCUUGCGAGGCCGAAAUUCUCCAUGAGAAAUAGCACAAACUCUAUAAAUAGAAUUGGAACAGGACCUCAAGUGUAGUAGACUCUUCCACUCUCCCAAGGGCCAAAAGUGGGGCUACAACAAAAGGCAAUACAGGAUCCCGCUUGAGGCGUAGCACAGAAUCUAUUGAUAAAGUGGGAAUCAAGGCUACAGUUACUGUUGAGUCAAAUACCCUUCCGAGGACGAAAACUGGCGCUAAAACAAAAACUGCUCCUAGCUCGACUUCCAUAUCACAAACUCGCAAUUCUACAAUGAGAGGCAGCUCAGAUAUCAUAAACAGGUUGGGUGUUAAAUCCGCAUCGCCCGUGGAGUCCAACACACUUCCCAGAAGCAAAUUGCGUCAAAAGCACGAGUUGUAACAAGCGCUACAACUUUACAAAAACGGAAUUCUCCAAUGAGAGGAAGCACGCAAUCAAUCGAUAAAAUUGAGACGAGUGUCGGCGAUUCCAGCACUCUUCCAAGAGCUUCAAAAACACCGACCGCCGCCAGAAACAUCGCAGCUACAGUCGCAAGACUAGCUAGACCGCGAAGCAUUGCUUCAGCGAGUGAUCUUAGGUCUGCAUCUGUAAGCAAGUCGUCUCGCAGCAACGGUAUUGAAAAUCACAAUGCCAAGUAUAAUUCUCAACAACAGAAAAACACGCAAUUGAGCAAACCUUCUUCAGUAAAGAUAGAAUAUUUAUCCAAUACAAAACAGCCAAGUAAGUCCGUAACUGCUGCAGAAGAGAAGACAACUAAACCCAACUCUUCUGCAACGUCGAAGGAAGUUAAACCUAAGCAAAAACCAAGUGGACAACAUGAAGUUGUAACAAGAUAAACGCUCACAGUAGUAAAUCCACAACAAAGAAACCUUCGACACAUAGUCCUAAACCGACUUCGAAACAACCUAUAAGGCAGAAGCUCACCAGUGCGACAAUAACAAAUUAAGUCGAGUCCAAAAUGAAAGUAAACCAAUGAAAUCAGACGGUAAAGAAAUUUCUGGAAGUAAAAAUAUUAUUGAUUCGCUCAUGAGGAGAAAAACAACUCCAAAAACCACAAAUCAAAAAUUGACAAAUGGUGAAAUCACGCCAGCUAAUAAAUCUGAUGAAACCAAAUCGACUGUGGCUGUAACAAAAAAGUCAUCUGUGAGUAGAGUAGCGGAUAUAAAAUCAAGAGAUAAGAAAACAACCAGAGAUACCAAAUCUACAAAUAUGGUGGAAAUUGAACAAAAAUCAUCAAAGAACGUUAGUAGUCCUGGUAACAACAAAACACGUGAUAUGACCUCAAGAUCAAGUCCAUCUACAAAAGUCGUUGCAACCUCUACAAAAAAUCCGUCAUACAAGCCAAUCAGAGCGUCGUUGAAGGAUUCUGGUCUUCGAUCUGUCUCAUCUUCAAAUCUAUCUUUACGGGAAAGUCCACCCAAGAAAAAGUUUCCUCCAUCAUCCUACAGACCCCUGAAGGAUUCAAUAUCAGCAAGAUCAACUAGUUCUAUAUCUUCUACCGUAAGUAACUCGAGUGCAGAUGUAACAUUGAACCGAACAGCAAGACUUCGACUUUCCAGGCUUAAUAUGAACAAGAAAUGAUUUUUGAAAAACGGGUGUGCAACAUUGUACUGCUAGAGAGAUGGAAAAGAGGAAGCUGUAACCACAUUAUCAUGCUCAAGGACAUGUACAUGUCAGGCUGGUUGGCAAUGUUCGUAAGCAAAGAUUUUCAAUGCAUCGCAAACGCCUAGACUGUCAACCGCCUGGGAAUCAAGUUGGUUCAUAUUGGUUGUAAUGAAAACUCCCGACUUGUUAACGAGCUUAGAAAGAGAUACAAUGUUUAUUUAUAUAUGCUGUUAAUUUAGGCACUAUCUUCAAGGGUGCGUUUUUAUGAUACUUCAACACUGUAACCUCAAAAAUUUACCGAGAGUUGAAUGCUUGCCGAAUAUAUUUGUUCCAUUCAAUUUCUGCUAACAUCACUUGAUUUGGCGUUUAGUUUUCUAUUUUUGAUUAAUUCUUUCUUUUUAAAAAAAGACAGCUUCAUAAUUCGUAUGGAACGUUUGUAUACUUCAAUAAACGAAUUAACUCGCACGAAUUAACUCGCCAAAAGCAACUGCUAGUCAUGCUCGACGUUAUUACAAGUCCUUUGGACAAGUUUACCAGCAGUCACUGUUGAAUAUUUGUGAUAUCUUUUAGUUCACACAUAAAUUACAUUAUCAGAUUUCAAAGGUGUAUGAUGUAUUUGUUGUGCUUACUCCUUUUAUCAGCAAUCUUUCACAAAUUUUCUAAUCGUUUAGCCAUAUUAAUAUCUUCCAAUUGUUAUUGGUACAUUUCUCAUCACUAUUACCAGGCGUAUGAUAAUCAAAGAAAAUCUUUUUUGGUAUAUAUAUGUAGUGGUACAUAUGAUUUUAUAUUGGUAUUGUUACAUUUUUGAUUGCUGAACCAAGGUAAAAGUAUUUUCUCAUAGCUAUUUUAUACAAAAUAAGCAGUUUUUUAUGACUAACGAUAGCCACAAUGUAAAAUGAAACUCAGCAUUUUUUUACAAAUGUGAAUAUUUCUCUGGUAGUGAUAAGUUCAUUUUCAAUUUACAGAAAGCUAUGCUUUUAAAGAUUUCAUAUAGCAUAUAGGAACCAGACAAUAAGUCUCGCGCACGCCAGUAAAUUUGCUGAACGUUUUACAUAUUGGCUUGACGAGAAAAUCGGUUGUGGUAAAUUCAAAUAGAUUUUGUGAUGUAUCUGAUAAAAUUAUUCAUGAGUGUGACUUAAUCAACAGUUAAAUCACCAGCAGUUAUCAAUUUUGAAUCACUGUAAGAGUAAAUAUAUUUUUAUGAUUUCCCAACAAUGGGAAACAUGUAUUGUAGACGUCGAACAUGUUUCCUAGUGAAUCGGUGAUAUUAUAUGCAAUGUUUCAGAUAGGAAUUGGAGUUUUUUCUUCAUUAUAACGAUCAUGAUGCCUUGAAAAUAUUAAAUUCAAAUACAUUAUUUUUUACAAUAA